UGAAUGAAAUGACAUAAAUGCCAUGCGAGACCCAAAUGACGUUUCAUCAUUGAUUUAAUAAGCAAAUUAUAAAAAGUUUAUACAUUGAUUCUAUUGGUACAUGCAUCAAUGCCUUUUUAUAGAAAGGGCCGAACAGGCCUUAGUCGUACAAAGAAAUUGGAAGUUCUUGUUCAGAAAGACGGAUUGAGACACGCGAUAUUCAAUACUGCAGGCGACAAAUAUAUAGGCGAAUGGCGAAAAAAUAAAAAAAAUGGAAAAGGAGUAUUAUAUACAAAAAACUAUGAAGAGAUAUAUGAGGGCGAUUUCAAAAAUGACUUACCACACGGAUAUGGUGUUGCGGCUCAGAAGAUCCCCAAUUUAAAUGUUUACGAGAUUAAAUAUCGAGGAUUUUGGAAAUAUGGCAAACGAGAUGCGACUGGUGUCAGGAUUUUUGUGAACGGAGGAUUUUUCAUCGGAAACUGGAAAGAUGGCUUGAGAGACGGUUAUGGACAAAUGUGGUAUACAGAUGGCUCCUACUUUGAGGGUCAAUGGAGCAAGGGUCUCAGACAUGGAUUAGGGCUUCUAGUAUACGAGAAUGGAAAUAAAUAUGACGGAUCUUGGGAAAACGAUAUGAAACAUGGCAAAGGCAUCAUGUAUUUCUUAACAGUUGGUCAACUACAGCAAGGAAUAUGGAGAAGAAAUGUGUGCGUUUUUAGCACAAUAUCAAUGCUUCCCUUCAGGCAAACUGCUAUCAAGCCAACCAUAUUUCCCAUUCCUCCUAAUCAUUUGGUAAAUAUGGAUGAAAUAUGCAGGAUCCAGGAAGACAAGGCUCUCAAUCAAGAACUUGACGAAUGUCUACCACCCGAGAAAGACAUUAUUACUAUUACCGAAUCAUCCAGUACAAAUAAAUCAAGUUUUUGAAAAUAAAAUCAUUCAUGUACCAAUAGAAGAAUAAACACUUCAUAAAAUUGUAGCACCUA